AUGAUGGCGGUGCGUGAACGCGCAGUAAAUGUAAUGGCUGCUCUGGAACGGCGGGUGCCUAGUCUCGAUGAUUUCGUGGGCGAAAGCUGGAGCGCCUGGGCCGAGAGAGCCGGUGUGACUGCGUCGGAAGGCUCCGAUGGUGAUGACUGCAGCAAGAAUGGGAAGAAAGCAGCUGAGGCAAUGUCUCUUAGGAAGGAAGACAUGUCCAUUUUCGGCCACUACCCGGGCAAAGAUGACUUCUACUUGGUGGUGUGUAGCCACUGUGGCCAGGUGGUCAAGCCCCAGGCCUUUGAGAAGCAUUGUGAGAGGAGACACGGCCCCCUGAGCAAACUGUACACCCGCCUCCGCUCCCCCCCUCCAGCACCUCAGCAGCGCCCCCGCCAUAGCCACUCCCCAUCCUCCGCCCACACAACCUCAUUCUGGGAAGGGAGGGGGCAAGGGACCGGGGCACCAAGAGCAGCCCCCCCAUCUACACCCCCACAGUUCAGACACACCAAGCCCCCCAAGGAAGGAGUACGCCACUCCCCCCUGGAUAAGAGCCCCCACAGCGGUCACUCUGAAUCAGCCGUGUUCAAGCAGCCUCCACCCCUGGAGCCUCCCCUGAGCUCCCCACCCCCCUCCCUCAGAGACCCACCCUGGCCGCAUGGAGGCACCCCGCCUGGCCGGCCAUCCCCCACGCCGGCCGGCCGGCCAUCCACCACCCCGCCCGGCCGGCCCUCCACUAGUGAGAGGACACACACCCAGAGAAAGGAGGCCAUAUCGGUCGCUACCCUCCCUGGCCAUCUCCGUGGACCAAGACCUUACAACAAAGUGGCCUCCAGGAGAGAGUGUGAUCUAGACAAGCACUGUGGAGUACUGGACUCCGAGAGGAAGAAAGUCUGCACUCGUCUCCUGACCUGCAAUAUUCACUCUAUUCACCAGCGGCGAAAGGUUUCUGGUCGGAGUAAAAACUUUGACCAGCUGGUGACUGAGCUGAAGACGGGGGUCCGGAUCCGUGAUCGGGGGGCUCAGACCCAGGAGGGGAGCGGCUCAGGCCGGUCCCCCAGCCCAGAGGCCCACAGGGACCCCCCAGCUACCCCCCACUGCAGGAGGCCUCUCACCAACAACCCUGCCUUCAGUCGGUCCAGGGCUUCUUCAGAGAGCGCUCCAGAGGAGGACAAACCUCGUCAAGAGGAGGGUAGCACCCAAGCCCCAUCACCCCUCACCCAUGGGCGCAUUUCCAGCGAUGAGAGCGAGGGAGAGGGGCCUGAGGAACCAAUCGAAUACCCCUCGUCCUCUUGGCACCCCAAACCAGCCGCGGGGUGUUCGUUUGGCAGUCAUGUGAUGGGUCAUGGUAUGUACACCUUUGACCGGCGGCUCCACCACCUUCGGUCGGCUCUCAAUGCCAUGGUGGAGCAGCACAUCAGCGCACACCUCUGGAAGAAAAUACCUCAAGCGUCAGACCUCCAGUCCCAAAGUCCCUCUGCGAAGAGCAUCUCCUCUCCCUCCUCCUCAUCCUUUUCUUCCUCUCUGCAUUCUAAAGUCCGGACAGGAAGCCACAGAAUCCCCCCAUCCCUCAGGCCUUCCUCCUCCUCCCACAGACCAGAGAAGGAGACACGCCUACAAAUCUCCUCCCACUCCACAGCCAUUAACCAAUCAGAGAAUUCCAGUGGCAGUGGCAGCCAUAUUGUAGCCCCUGCGCCCCCUCCUGUCCGUCAGGCAGGUCCAGGGCGGCCGCCAGGUCCCGGGAGGCCCAAGAACCCGGUGGGGCGACCCAGCAAGCAGCAACUGAGACUCAGAGAGGAGGCUGCUGCUGCCGCCGCCGCAGCACUCCGUAAACGUAAAGCCCCGUCACAGGAGGGUGAGCACUCCGGCCCAGACAGGAACUCUAUCAUCCUCCAGGACAGGGGACGGCCCACAUCCACUUCCUCUAAGACCGCCCCGCCCACCCCUCACAGCCAGACCAAUGGCACGCUCUCCCCCAGCAGCAAACCCCGCCCCCAGCCAUCCCCCUCGGAGCCCCAUUCGCCAGCAGCUGCCUGGGCGUUUAAACGGAUACACCUACCCUCUGGACACUCUUCCUCCCCACCCGACCCUCACUUUCGCGGGGGGGACUCAGGACUGCACGGGAGGGGGGCAACGGGGUACGAGCACAGGGGGCUGGGGAAGAAACGCAAGGGGGGCAGCAGUGAACCCUCUCCCCCCUCCAAACCGCACCGCCUGCCCUCUUCCCCUCGCUCCAAUUUCUACCCCUGGAAGGACAGUAAGGGGGGAGCGCUACCUGGCGGGGUGGAGAAGAAAAUGGGGACACAGAAGCCAAAACUGCACCAUUAAGAGUGCCUGCCUUACAAGCCACUGAGGGAGUCAGCCCUGCCUGCACUUUCAGACAUCAUGCCUCAGACUGUGGCUACAGGACUCAAGAGAUGUGUGUGAGUGUGACUGGAUAUUCAAGCUUAUGUUUGUGUGUGUUCAGGUGCGUGUGUCUAUUGACUCCUAUAUGAGAGUAUGAGUGUACAGGUAGGUGUGUGAGUGAGAGAGAGUGUUUACGACCAAUACAGUAUGAGUUAUGUGUUGUUCAGUUCCUGAGUCGGAUGUGGGUGUGUAUGUGAGUUUGCUGUUGUUGGUGAGUGUGUGCAGGACAAAGGGAACACGUGAAUUUCUGUGUAUGAAUUUAGAAAUACCUCAAGACCUUCUGGUUAUGCUGCUAAAUAAAUAUGUUGGUUUAUAAAAAUGGAUAAAAAAUAUCCUUUACACAUGC